AUCUAUCAAUUCUAUAAAGCAAUACAUAUUGCAGCCUCCAUAGUGAUUCUCUCUCCUACAUGGCACUCCCACAAUCCUUUAUUUCAUAUUAUCUCAAAUGUUUUUUCCUCACACCUAGCUUCAGCCUUCACAUCUUUUUUCCCACAAAUUUUACACAGCCACGCUUCAGCCGUUACUUCUCUCAAAUUAGAGAGGUGCUUCAUCCAUGGCUGCAACAAAUUUGGGAGGUGCUUCAUCAAUGGCUGCACCCCACGCUACAAAUGGGAAAUUCGUCUCUGACUUUUAAACCACAAUCUCAAGCUCCAUCGCCACCGUCCCUGAGACUCCAACGAAAGUUGCCGCCGGCGAGCCACGGCCAUAGCUUCUGUCUUGACCCCGAUCUCCAUCUCUCAGCCCCUAAUCUCCAUCCUCUCACCCAAAGAAACCCAAGAUCCCCAAAUCCACACCGCCUCUUCGCGAUUUCUGGCAACCACGGCAGCUACCCUAUCGCCGCCGCCCCUGAACUCUGGUGAAAGAUGCCGCCAGCGAGCCACGGCCACGGCUUCUUUCUCUGAGCCCCUAAUCUCCCUCCUCUCUCCCAAACUUAUAUCUCCAAAUCCUCACUGCCUCUUUGCGAUUUCCGGCGACCACGGCAGCUAUGGCCGUCGCCGCUUCGACACCCUCUAUCUCCAGUAGAACAGUAAUAGAUUGCCGCCACUGUCGCUGCCCUCUAUUCUUCUCCGUUCUCGACCGACUAGAAGCGAAAGAGCCACCGCCGCCAUUUGCCACCUUCAUUCCCCCUCCCACCCUCCCCGCAGAUCUGCCCCUCCCACCACCAGAAAACCAGAAAUCGCUCUAUCAUCUCCCUUCCCCCACAUGCACCACAAAUCGAAUAUUUUUUGCUUCCUUUCAGCUACAAUUGCAAGUGAGUGAUCUUCUUGAAUCUCGACUCAAUUGUCUGACUCUCUGGUGCUACUGUCAAUUUGAGAAGUCUGUUUAUCGAUCUUAUAUGACUAUUGCCCCAGAAUUUAUGCUGGUUCACUCUAUUAAUUACGAAAUUGAUGAUUUAUGCUUUAUUGGCUAGCAACACCUCGCAUUUCUCGAGCUAUGCAUUUUUUAUUUUGGAAUUGCUAUGAGGAUUUUGUAAUAUUACUUUGAGAUGAUGGUGAAAGGCUAUUUGCUAUUGUUAAGUAUAAUGGUGAUUCAUAUUCUGAUUGAUGAUCAGAUCCCACACACGGUACUACUUUUUGAAGCAUUUUGGUGCAUCAGUGAAGUCUCAUAAUAUGUAUUGGAAUUUCAUAAUUGCCUAAGGGGUUUUGGAUUAAAAUUCUAGAGGUGGUUUGGUAUUUGAUACAGCGUGGUUUGAAAUAUCUAAUUUAAAUGAUUUUGAAGCUUGGUGAAAAUUUUGAGUACUUUGAAAGUUUUUUACUACCUGAGCUUAUAUGCGUGCAUUUGUUGAUUGAGUUUCUGUUCUGAACUAGGUUCCUUCUCCCCAUAUUGUCGAUCCUGCUGAAAAGUACAUAUCUUUGAUAAUUCCAGCAUACAACGAAGAGCACAGAAUUCCAGGGGCUCUCGAUGAAACCUUGAAGUAAUCUAAAUUAUAUAAUCUAAUCAUUUGCUUUUCUGAAUUUGUAUACAUUGAUGAUAUGAUCUGGAUGUUUAUUUAUUUGAAUCAAACUUCCACAUUUUUAUUUCACUAAGUGAUAGUAUUAUGCUGUGAAUAGUAACAACAUAUACUUCCGAACUUUUAUGAUUAUGAGAACUAGAAUUAUGCUUA